AUGUUUUUCAGCAUAGCAAAUAAUUGGUUGUAUAUUCGUGCUCAAGAAGUAGAUGAAGAUCAUCAUAAGAGGAGGUUGUUGAUAACUGUCAUAGUUCUGUUGGGAAUAGUGUUUUGCUACUGCCACAGAGGAACCGCAGCCACCAUUACAAAAGCAUUAUACAAAAUAAGGAAAUGUUUAUCAGGAGCUGAACAAGAUCAUGUAGAAGGGAAUGGUUCUGACUUGACUGCAUUCAGUUAUCUCACAAUCAAAAUGGCAACAAAUAACUUGGAGAGGGUGGAUUUGGCACGGUUUAUAAGAAUUAAACUCAAUGCAGAUCCAAGGAAAUCAAUUCUUUUAGACUGGAGCAAGCGCGCCAACAUCAUUGAAGGGGUUACUCAAGGCCUUCUUUAUCUCCAAGAGUACUCAAAUUUCACCAUAAUCCACCGAGAUCUCAAAGCCGGUAAUAUUUUAUUAGACCAUAAUAUGAAUCCCAAGAUAUCGGAUUUUGGGAUGGCAAGAAUUUUCAGGAAAUAUGACCUUGAAGCAAACACAAGCAGGAUUGUUGGGACAUACGGUUAUGUAGGAGUUCUUCUGUUGCAAAUCAUAAGUGGGAAGAGGACUUCAUGUUACUAUGGACCACAUGAAAAUAUGAACCUGUUGGAAUAUGCAUAUGAGCUGUGGAUGGAGGGAAGAGGGGUGGAAUUUUUAGACCCUUCAUUAGAUGAUACAACAUCAGCAUAUUUAGGUUUCUGGGUUCAAGCAAUCAAGCUUAGUGGCGAAGAAGGAAUAAAACUAGGAAUAAAACUACAAGCAAGUUCUGUUGAUUCUCAGUCCAUUCUGUAA